AUGUUUAUGGAAAUCGCUGAAAAUGUGCAUUACAUAGAGAUACAGCUGUUUAGAGAAUACUGGUGGAAUAUUUAUGAAGUGCGCCAGCGGUCAGAACACGCUACAUCCUGGAACGAGUUCCAGCAGGAAUGCGCCGUGCUGACGUCAGUUCGGGAGCUGACGCAGUCGUCACUCGGUCACUGCCGCGCCUUUACUGAGCGGCAAGUUGGUGGCGAGAGAUAUAAUAUCCUUACUGGUUGUCCCGCAGCGAAGACAUGCACGCUCAUACUCCGCGGAGGCGCCGAGCAAUUUUUGGAGGAGACGGAGCGCUCACUACAUGACGCCAUCAUGAUCGUGCGUCGGACCAUCAAGAACGACGCUGUUGUCGCUGGUGGCGGCGCAAUCGACAUGGAAAUAUCGAAGCACCUUCGCGAAUACUCCAAAGGCGUCGCGGGCAAAGAGCAACUGCUUCUGGCGGGCAUCGCGCGCGCCUUCGAGGCCAUCCCGCGCCAACUGUGCGACAACGCCGGCUUCGACGCCACCAAUCUGCUCAACAAGCUGCGACAGAAGCACCACCAAGGUCGGGAAACCCUCCAUUUUAGGUGUACCUUUCGUAUGUGUCACUUUUAGGAUGGGUGACCGUGU